AUGGAACAGGACAAAUUAACGACCGGAAUUGCUUUGGCUAAUGGAGAGCCCAUUAUCUUGAAUGAGAGCGCGUCGACGGCUUGGGUGGACGGGAAUAACUUAUUGGGUCCAGUGGUUGGCAUGUUUUGUAUGGAGUUAGCCAUCAAAAAGGCAAAGCAACCCAUUAUCUUGAAUGAGAGCGCGUCGACGGCUUGGGUGGACGGGAAUAACUUAUUGGGUCCAGUGGUUGGCAUGUUUUGUAUGGAGUUAGCCAUCAAAAAGGCAAAGCAAGUUGGUAUAGGAUUCGUAACAGUCAAGGGUAGCAAUCAUUACGGUAUUGCGGGAUAUUACAGUUUGAUGGCUUUGGAGCACAAUUUGCUGGGAAUGUCGUUUACAAAUGCAACCCCUAUAGUGGUGGCCACUCGGGCUCAGAACCCAUCGAUAGGAACAAAUCCCAUCUCAUUGGCAGCGCCCGGUCUUAAUGGCGAUAGUUUUGUGUUGGACAUGGCCACAACGGCAGUGGCCAAGGGCAAAUUGGAAAUAGCCGAUCGCAAACAUGAACAAAUUACAGAGGGCUGGGCUAUUGACCAAAGUGGUCGUCCUCUCAAACAUUUUUCUAAUUUUCACGCUUUGUUACCCUUAGGAGGGGAAGAAAAUUCAAGUGGUUAUAAGGGAUAUGGACUCUCAAUGAUGACGGAAAUAUUUUGU